AUGUACUCCAACAACGCCGCCCUCAUCGGCCUCCUCGCCGCCGCCGCCUCGGGCGCCCUGGCCCAGAGCAGCAGCAUCACAACGGUCCCCGGGUCGACCAUUACCACGUCUGGACCGAGCAGCACCACGACUGUGGACCCAGCGUCCGUGACGUCGUCCAUCCCCAGCACCACCGUCAACGCCACCGUCGUCGCGCCCGCGCCUGUCUACAGCUUCUUCAACACCACCGUCACCACGACUAUUGUUGUUAAUGCGCUGACCACGCUGUGCGCCACGCCCACCACGCUCACGUUCAACGGCUGCGAGUACCCGGCCUCAGCUGGUGAGGUCGUUACGGUUACGAACUGCCCUUGCACUGUUACUACUGCCCUCCCAACCGUAACCUCCUCCCUCUGCCCCUCAGCCGAGACUCCAGCCGCCGAGUCCCCCGCUGCCCAGACUCCCGCUGCCGAGUCCCCUGCCCUGCCCGCCGCCGCGCCGCCUGUCGAGGCACUCGCCCCCGCUCCUGCCGCUCCGAGCGUCAGCGGUGCCGCCCCGGGUGCCCCCGGCUCCUCUAGCACGUACGUCGCCCUGGUCAACGGGCCUAGCUCCGCGCCGUCUGCCGUGCAGGUCGCUGGCGCACCGGGAGGUGCCGCUGCUGGGGUUUGGGGGGUUUUGGGGGCUUUGACUUUGGGGGUUGUUGGGUUGUAA